GCCCCGGAGCUGCGGGAGGGGUUGUCUUAAAAGUCUCUCCUUCCCACUGCAGGGGCUGCAGGCGAGUCCCGGUGCGAGCGGAGGGUGCCAGGCGCAGGGCAAACGAGAAAAGUUCCCGGGGCUUUCCGGGGCCGCCCCCUCCUCGCGAAGGCAAUGGCUUCCAAACUCCUGCGCGCGGUCAUCCUUGGGCCGCCCGGUUCUGGCAAGGGCACCGUGUGCCAGAGGAUCGCCCAGAACUUUGGCCUUCAGCAUCUCUCCAGCGGCCACUUCUUGCGGGAGAACAUCAAGGCCAACACGGAAGUGGGUGAUAUGGCAAAGCAGUACAUAGAGAAAGGUCUGUUGGUUCCAGAUCAUGUGAUCACACGUCUGAUGAUGUCAGAGCUGGAGAAUCGUCGUGGCCAGCAUUGGCUACUGGAUGGUUUUCCUAGGACUUUAGUUCAGGCUGAAACCCUGGACAAAAUCUGUGACCUGGAUCUAGUGAUCACUUUGAACAUUCCAUUUGAAACACUUAAAGAUCGUCUCAGCCGGCGCUGGAUUCAUCCUCCCAGUGGAAGAGUAUAUAACCUGGACUUCAACCCACCUCAUGUGCAUGGGAUUGAUGACAUCACCGGUGAACCAUUAAUUCAGCAGGAGGAUGAUAAACCUGAAGCAGUUGCUGCCAGAUUAAGACAGUACAAGGAUGUGGCAAAGCCAGUCAUUGAAUUAUACAAGAGCCGAGGAGUGCUCCACCAGUUUUCUGGUACGGAGACCAACAAAAUCUGGCCGUAUGUUUACACGCUUUUCUCAAACAAGAUCACGCCUAUUCAGUCCAAAGAAGCAUACUGAGCCGGCCCAGCAGAAGAACCAGGAAGAUGCCAUUCACUCAAUUGUACGUGUAGUAUCGGUGCCAUGUCCCAAUUAGAAGCUCUCACUAGCUGCAGUAGCGUGCAGUGGUCUUUUCUAGUUUAAAUGAUGAACUGAUAUGAAAACUAAUGAGUAGAAAGAGUUGAUGAAGAGACUCUUCUGUCUUUCAAAAGAAGGACCACCUACACAUGUUUAAGAUUUCUCUGCACGUGUGUGAAGCCCUUCUCAGGAAAGCGACACCUGGCUGGAUUUCAGACAACAUAUAACCCAAGCUCUAGCUGAGUUUUGACUUCCAGGGCAUGCUUUUUAUGCAUGAUGGUGGUGGUA